AUGAUCGAAGAACCCUCGUCCCCAGCCAUAGUACUCUCGUCCCAAGUCGUGAUCGAAGAACCCUCGUCUCCAGCCAUGAUUGAAGUACCCUCGUCCCAAGUCGUGAUCGAAGAACCCUCGUCCCCAGCCAUGAUUGAAGUACCCUCGUCCCAAGUUGUGAUCGAAGAACCCUCGUCCCCAGCCAUGAUCGAAGUACCCUCGUCCUCAGCCAUGAUCGAAGUACCCUCGUCCCCAGCCAUGAUCGAGGUACCCUCAUCCCCAGCCAUGAUUGAAGUACCCUCGUCCCCAGCCAUGAUCGAAGAACCCUCGUCCCCAGCCGUGAUUAAAGAACCCUCGUCCCCAAUCGUAAUGGAAGAAACCGAGUCCUACACUAAAACAACAAUCGGUCAAGAAACCACUGUGACAAAGGAUAAAUGCGUCAAGGUACUUGGGGUCCUUUGGGACACUGAGAAUGACACGUUUAUGUUCGAAUUUUCGAGUUUGGUUCAAUAUGCUCGUUCCUUGCCAGCGACGAAACGCUCUGUGCUAAAGGUUACUUCGAAAAUCUUUGAUCCUGUUGGAUUUCUAACACCAUUUGUCAUCAAGAUGAAAGCAUUAUUUCAAGAAUUGUGUGUCGAA